UUAAACGCGGUGGUGCCCAAGCGAACAGAUCGGAGGUAUGGCUAAUGCAAGAGUCAUGAGGGCCUUCUUGGUCCUCUUGCUGACAACGCUAGCGAAGGCUGAGCUGACGCAGUUGGUCAUUGGAGAAGAAAUUAUCGUUUCCUAUAACGGCCAUGAGGUCUUCCAUCACACGCGGGAGAACCCAGUCAUCACCUUUGGCGUGGGAAAAGCCAACUACACUGAGGACCACGGGAUGUUCGACGUCCAGGAGGAAAUUCUCGAGGUCGUCCCUGUCGAUCGGAUCGUUAUGGCUUCGAACAGGACUGGAAGUGUUCGAAUCACGUUGGGUUCCUAUGUUGACCCUGAUGUCGAGAUACGCUUGACCGCUGACAUAUAUAUGGACAGCUACCUCGGCAUGUUUAACAAUCUCAUGACAGAUAGUCCUUAUAAUCGUAUGUGGCUUAGGCUCUCUGCUGACGAGGACGAAAAGGUUUAUGGUGGCGGCGAGCAGUACACGUAUUUUAACCUUCGUGGUCGACAUUUUCCCAUUUGGACGAGCGAACAAGGCAUCGGUCGAGAUGGCGGAAUCAUCGCGAACAUCACCGACAUCGAAGGGGGGGCGGGAGGCGAGUACUACACCACGUAUUGGCCCGAAGCCUCGUUCGUCUCCUCGAAGCGCUACUCUGUUGUCUUCGAUGGUUAUGAUUACUUGGUCAUGAACUUCAGCCAGCCAAACUGCCACGAGUUCUACAUCCACAAUAACCACUACAUGCUCACAAUGUACGUCAAUGACACGAUGAUGGACAUUUUACCGAGUAAGGCCCAUUUUACGUCUUCGCUUCCCGACUGGAUCAUUACCGGGACGAUCCUGAGUUUGCAGAGAGGGACCCAGGAGGUCCUGGACUACUACGAGCUGGCCAAGGGUGCGGGCGUGAACGUGAGCGCCCUCUGGAUCCAGGACUGGUCUGGCACGUCGGAAACCCUUUUCGGCCACCGCGUCUACUGGAACUGGCAGUGGAACCAGACUUACUACCCUGGACUGGACGAAAUGAUCACGAACCUCGGCCAGGAGGGUGUGGGCGUGAUGGGCUACAUCAACCCACACCUCAUUGAAGGCGGCGAACUUUACGUGGAAGCCGAUAGUCUAGGAUUCCUCAUGGUUGAUAGCGAAGGACAGUCUUACAAGCAGGACUUCGGUGGUUUUAUGGCAGGAACCGUCGACUUGGCUAAUUACGAUGCUAGGGAUUGGUAUGCGAAAAAAAUUCAGGAAAACAUGAUCAACUUAGGACUCUCGGGCUGGAUGGCAGAUUUCGGCGAAUACACAAGGACGGACAUGUUUUCACAAGGUUUCACAGAGAACACGCCGGCGCAAAUUCACAACAAGUUCCCUAGUCUUUGGGCGGAUUGUAACGUGAAUGCACUGCGUCUCUCGGAGAAACAAGGUCAAAUCGUGCCCUUCAUGAGGUCAGGAGGGCGAGGGUCAGCAACGAAUACGUACUUGGCUUGGGCGGGAGAUCAGAACGUCGAUUGGUCGCUGGGAGAUGGCUUGGCUUCAACCAUCGUGGCCGCUCUGAACCUCGGCCUAAGCGGGAUGUGCGUGACUCACUUCGACAUCGGCGGCUACACCACGCAGCCGCCCGUCCUGCAGAGGACCAAGGAGCUGUUCCUGCGGUCGGCGGAGUACGCGGUCUUCACGCCCGUCAUGAGGACGCAUGAAGGCAACAAACCGCAAGCCAACCACCAGUUUUACAGCGACGAAGAUACCCUCACCCAGUUCGCCAGACUCACGCAGAUGCACGCUCGUCUUGCACCUUACACACGCACCCUCGUCGAUGCUUGCUUUGAUGGAGGCAUCCCCGCUCAAGCCCCACUGUUCCUGUACUUUGAGGAUGACCUUGGCUCGUGGGACGUCGAGUACCAGUACAUGUACGGCCCUGACCUACUGGUGGCUCCCGUCAUUCACAAGGGACAGGACUCCCAGACGGUGUACCUCCCCGGCGGAGGAGGAGCCUCGUGGCAGCACUUGUGGGAGGGGCUUAUCGUGUCAGGACCCGCCCAGGUGGAGGUGGCCACGCCCCUCGGUUAUCCGGCCGUCUUCUUCCGCCAGGACUCCGAGUGGGCGCCGCUCUUCGAGGAGAUUGCGGCGGAGUUCGGGGGGGGGUUUGUGCCGGCGGUUUGAGAGG